ACACUAGGAGAUCUGAGGAUUGUUAUGUUGGGAAUGACUGGAGCUGGAAAGAGUGCAACCGGAAACACCAUCCUGGGAAAAGAGGAGUUUAAACUUGACUUUAGUCCAGAGUCAGUUACUCAACAAUCAGAGAAAAAAGAGAUAAAAAAGGGUAGCAGGAACAUCUCAGUAAUCGACACUCCAGGCCUCCAGGAUACAUCAGCUGAAGAAAAAGAAAUAAAUGCUGAAAUAAAAAAAUGUAUGGAAAUGUCUGAUCCUGGCCCUAAUGUGUUUCUGCUGGUCUUCAGACUAGAUGUGAAAUUCACAGAUGAAGUGAAAAACACGGUCCAGUGGAUUCAGGAGAACUUUGGAGAGGAAGCUGCACGUCACACAAUCAUUCUGUUCACUCACGCUGAUCAGCUGAAUGAAUCGUAUGGACUGCAGGAUCAUAUAGAGGAGAGUCCGGAUCUGCGCCAGUUUAUCAUGAGCUGUGGCGGCAGAUUCCAUGCAUUCAACAAUGAAGACAAACAGAAUCAGGAUCAGGUAAACGAGCUGCUGGAGAAGAUGGAUGAAAUGGUGCUUAAAAAUGAAGGAAAGCACUACAGUACUGAGAUGUUUAAAGAAGUCCAGAGACGGAGAGAGGACAGAGAAAAUCAGAGAAGGGCAAAGCAGGACAGAGAAGAAUGGGAAAGGAGAAUUAAGAUUUCAUUAGGGGUUAUUUGUGUUGUAGGUUUAGCUGUUGUAGUAAUGAAAAAAAUUAAAUCAUCUGCAGAAUAGGAUGUUUAAAAAAAAUAUGUUACAAACCAUGCAUAUUCACGGUUUUCAUGUAGACUGAUGAGUCAUGGAAAGAUUGAGAUUCUAUCACUGAACCAUCACUUUCAUUUUGAAAACAUUUACAGAAAUGUUAUGAUAAACAUUGAUCCAUAGAGCCUUAAAUUCACAUUAGAUUUUCAUUUACAUUUAGACAUUAUAAAUUUGUUUUGUUUCACACACACUGUAACAGCAUCAGUGUAAUUAGGUAUAAGUGAGCUACAGGGGUGAAAUCUCCAUCAUACAUUACCAGUGCCCUCAUGAAAUAUAUAUAAUUUAUAAGACAAAAAUCAUUUUAAAGAAUUUUCUUCUGUCUCACUCAUGCUUUGUUGUUAAGGUCUUGUUCAGUUAUUCAUUAUGUGC